AUGGUGGAGCAGAAGAAGAGUGAGGAGCAGACCAGGGAGAAGAAAAGAGAUAAGAAUACAGGGAGGAGAAAAAGGAGAGGGGAGAUGGAGAAAGGAGAAGUGGAGAUGAAGGAGAAGAAGAAGGUAGAGUUUGAUAUGGAGGAGAAGGGUGAGGUGGCGCUGAUGGAGACAAAGCAGCUGGAUGAUGAGCAGAGGAAUGAAGAUGUAGGAGAGGAGCAGACAAAGAAGAGGGAGGAGGAGACAGAGGAUAAGAAGAAGAAGAGGAGAAGAAAGGAGUGGGGAAGAGUCUGCAAAGAGAGAGACUUGGCAGAUGAAAAGAGGAAACAAAGGAGUAGAGUAUUGGCAGAGAGGAGGAUGAGUGUGUUGAAGUCUCUCCAGGGGUUGGUUACAUCCACCAGAAACAGAACACAUAGGAAGGAUAUAAACCAAGAAGAGAGGGAUGACAAAAGAGAUGAAAAAGAAGCGAUGAAGAGAGAGCAGACAGAGGAGCCAAGUAAACAUAAAGAAGAUGAGGACGGCAUGGACAAACAAAGAAUUCCUGCUCCUGCUUUGUCAGUCACAGACUCUCUGCUGUACAGACUCCAUGGUGAUAUCAGGAUCUCCAUGACCCUUGAAAAGCCUGAUGUAAAUAAGUGUUUGUCAGCGUUGGAUGAGUUGAGUUCAGUUUCUGUUUCAUCGAGACACAUCCAGAACCACAGCGAGCUUAUCGACACACUCCGCAAGAUGCGGUGGUUCCGAGGCAGUGAGGCGAUCAUGUUUAAAGCCUCUAUGCUGUACUACCGCUUUAAAAACAUCUAUCUGAUUGGAGAACCGGAUGACACACUCAGCCCGGAGUACAUCCACUCACUGCAGGAGGAGAGAGAAACCGCAGGGGCAACACACACCUCAUACUGCUGCAGUGGAGGAGAACCACACACAAACCAGCAAUCUCAUCCAACACAGGUCCUCUGAGAUGAGCUGAAACACACACACACACACACACACACACACGUCUGAGGAUCCUUAUGGAUGUCCAGAUGUUAAUUGGUGCUCCAUGAUGAUGAGCAUUAAGCUCAGUAUCUCUGUCACACACACACACACACACACACACACACACACACACACUAUACACUUCUACUUGUUUUGAGAGCAUUAUAAGAACAGUUCAUACAGAAUGCUAACCCACGAGCAGUGACCUGAUUAGCAUUAUGCACAUGUUCUCAGCCUCUGGUCACUGGCAGCGUGGUCAGCAUGCUUGCCUACACUAUUCUCUUCUUCAACUCUAAUCAUCUGCAACGCUAUUGUCUCUUGUCAUCUCCCCAUAUUCACACAUCUGCUGGGACACGCCCUGAACCCUGCUCAGGGCAGCUGGACUGCAGCCGUGUCUCAUUUUCAGCAUUAUGUCCCCUGUUUCACCCUUUACGUGCUUUAUACUUAAAUCUGCUGAAGCAUUACUGAUCAGUCAGGUGAACACACACACACACACACACACACACACACACACACACACACACACACAUAUAUAUGCACUGUCUCGUCUUGGCUAGAUGUCCUGAGAUUUCAUUGCGGUGUUAGGAAAUUCUUUCCUGCUCUCAUGUCUCUGCAUCUACACAAACCUCAGACAGAGAGACAGACAGAUGGAUAGAGGAGCAGCAGACGUCCAGCAAGACAGACAGACUGAUCAUCAGUCUGACAAAGAGAUGGACAGAUAAAAUCAUAAACUUAGACAAACAAGGGCAGGAGGUUGGGAGGAAGUCAGGCAGGAGGACAGAGACACGGACAAAUAGAACAGACAGACAGAUACUCAUGUAUUGUAAAUAGACAGACAGACGGGUCGUCCUACAGACGGGUCGUCAGACAGACUCUACACUAUCUCUACGGUAUUUCUAAUCACUAAUUAAUCUACAGUGUUACCAUAGAAAAGUACAGUUCAGCUCACACUGCUGGGCCUGUUCUGGUCACACACGGUCACACUUACUACACCUCUUCUACACCUCCUCUUCUUCUACACUUCCUCCUCUUCUUCUACACCUCCUCCUCUUCUUCUAUACCUCUUCUACACCUCCUCCUCUUCUUCUACACUUCCUCCUCUUCUU